UCCCUAUCCCUGAACAAACGCUGCGGCGAAUAACAGAAACCUCACUGAAGCCCCGGGCGAUUAGGGUUUAUUCGAGAUCAAUUUGGGCGGAAUCCUCGAUCGCCGGCUAGGGUUUAGGGUUAGAGCUAGGGCUUCUUCUUCCCAUGGCGGAUGGGCGCAUGAAGGCGAUCGUGGAGGAGGAGGAGGAGGAGGAGGAAGAGGCGUUCGCGCGAUUCCCGGGGGUGCGGCUCUCGUCGCGCACGUGCGCAGGCGAGGAGGGGGCUCCUUCGCGAAAGGUGGUUGCGAAAGGUGAGAUUUUUACGUUUGGGGAGAGGAGAGAGUCUGACGAGGCUACGGCUUGGGAUUUGAAGCGCAAGCGGUUUGAAAUGUUCAACCUUGGCCGAGCAUGCGAGAAUACAGCUGCAUCCUCCUCAGCUGCUGAAGAAUCUCCUUUGCCAGUGGCUAGCGAAUACAAUUCUCAGAGCUCAUCAACUUUAUCAGAAAACGAGGCGACGUAUAUUUUGAGUCAAUUUUCAAGACACUUUUGUCAUGGAAAUACUCAGGACUCUAAGGAUAGAGGAGGUGUUGGUAAAGACAAGUCUGAUAAUAGAGAUGUUGAGGAUGUUAAGAUUCACACUUAUAUGAUGGAUGAUAUACUACACAAGAUCUUUUCUUUUUUGGAUCAAAAAAAUCUAUGUAGAGUUGGUGCAACCUGCAAAGAAUGGCGAGCAGUUAGUACCCACGAGUAUUUUUGGAGGCGUUUGAAGUUUGAGAACACAAGAAUAUCUCAAAAGAAUUUUGCUAUCAUUUGCCACCGCUACCGCAAUGCCACAGAAUUGAAUUUGUCAAAUGUUCCAAAUACCUGCAUGCUUGCAAGGGAAGCAAUGGCUUCUUUGAGGCAUCUUGAAACAUUAAUCUUGGAGAGAGGAGUAUUGAGUUACAAAUUUUUUCAUGCCUUGUCGGCAUGUCCUGCAUUGUCCACUUUGAGUAUUAGCGAGGCGACUAUUUAUGAUGAGGACAAAGGGAUAGGCGACUACGAAAAUAUAUUCAUACAUCAUGAUAGAUUGCGUGACCUUCGGAUUCUGAAGUGCUAUCUGGUCUGCGUUUCUCUCAGGUGUUGUCGGCUUCAAACAUUAUCUCUGAAACAUAGCACUAUGAUGCGACUAAAGCUACAUUGUCCUCAACUACAUGUGUUGGAUUUAUCAUCCUGCCGCGACCUUGGUGAUUUUCUCAUUCGAUCGGCAGUUAUGACUUGUCCAUUGUUGGCAUCUUUAGAUAUGUCGUCUUGCACUUAUGUUAGUGACGAAACAUUGCGUGAAAUAGCUUCUGCGUGCCCCAAUCUCUCCGCUCUUGAUGUGUCAUAUUGCCCUAAUGUUUCAUUUGAGUCUGUGAGACUUCCAAUGUUGACAGAGUUGAAACUUCACACUUGUGACUCCAUAACUUCUGCUUCAAUUGGCGCAAUAUCUCAUAGUCAUAUGCUAGAGGUACUGCAAUUUCAUAAUUGCGGUCAGUUAUCAUCUAUAUCGCUUGAUUUGCCACACCUCAGGGAUAUUAGUCUGGUACACUUACCCAAAUUUGUUUAUUUAAAUUUGCGGAGUCCAAAGCUUGCAUCCAUUAAGGCUUCCAGAUGUUCGGCUCUCCAACAUGUCACCAUUAUAUCGAAUGCACUUCAGAAACUGGUACUGGAAAAGCAAGAAAGUUUGGCUACUCUGUCAUUGCAAUGCCAGAACUUGAUAGACGUGGACCUUGAUAAUUGUGUGUCUUUGACAAAUUCAAUUUGUCAAGUUUUUAGUGAGGGGGGUGGUUGCCCAAUUCUCAGAUCACUGGUUCUUAAUAAUUGCAAGAGCUUAAGCAUGGUGGAACUCAACAGUCAUUCUUUGGUCAGUCUUUCGCUUGUCGGUUGCUCUUCCAUGUCUGUGCUUCAGUUGUCAUGCCCAAAUCUUCAAAAACUAAAUCUCGAUGGCUGUGAUCUUCUUAAAAGAGCUUCUUUUUGCCAUGUUGGUCUUGAAUCACUUAAUCUUGGAAUUUGCCCAAUGUUAACUUUUCUACAAAUUGAAGCUCAACAACUGCUGAUACUGGAGCUUACGGGCUGUGGCAUGCUUUCUCAGGCUUUGGUUAAUUGCCCUCGUUUGACAUCAUUGGAUGCCCGUUUCUGCAGGGAGAUUAAGGAUGGUUCAUUCUCCAGAACAGCAGCUUCAUGCCCUAAUAUCCAGUCCCUAAUCCUCUCAUCAUGCACAUCCAUAGGGGCUGAUGGCUUAUCUUCUUUGUGUUGGCUCCAGCAGCUGACUCUGCUUGAUCUAUCUUACACACAUUUGAUGAGUUUGCAACCAGUUUUUGAUAACUGUUUGCAGUUGAAGAUCUUAAAUCUUUCGGCUUGCAAGAACCUUGCUGAUUCAUGCUUAGACGCUCUAUACAAAGAACAUGCCCUUCCGUCUCUUCGCGAGUUGGAUUUAUCGUAUUCAUCUGUUGGUCAAACUGCUAUAUCCCAUCUUCUUUCUUGCUGCACGAACUUAGUUCAUUUAAACUUAAACGGUUGUACAAAUUUGCGUGAUCUGGUUUGGGGCUCGAGCAAUUCUCACUCUUGUGAGGAUCUUGUCGAAAUUUGUCCGUCUAAUUCGAUAACUAAGGAAAAUGAACACUUGCUUGAAGUUCUUAAUUGUACUGGUUGCUCGAAGUUGGAGAAAGUAUUCAUACCUUCAAUGUCGAAUUGUUUCCAUUUAUCCAAACUAAGUCUUAAAUUAUCCGUAAAUCUGAGGGAAGUGGAUCUCACAUGUUGCGCUCUCCGCACUCUAAAUUUGAGUAAGUGUAGCUCCUUGGAGAUUUUGAAGCUUGAUUGUCCAAGACUGAUCAACCUUCAGCUUCAGGGUUGUAGCAUGUUGACCGAAGAGAAUUUAGAAUCGGCAAUUUUGCGCUGUAAUAUGCUGGUGAUCCUUAAUGUCAACUGCUGCCCAAAGAUAAAAGCCGCGGAUUUCGGUCGAUUAUGUGCGGCGUGCCCCAGUCUGAAGCACAUCUACGCCGGCGGAAUGGGAUCAUCAUACCAGCGAAUAAUUCAUUAUUUGACUUAAAAAAAAAGUCUUGUGAAUCUUGUGUCUCCUUCCUAUUUGAAUGCAAUAACAAAAAAUUUUCGUGGGUUUCGCAGAAUGAGAACCCUUUCAAUGCAUUCUUAUUUUCGAGUUUGUAUUUGUAUGCAAUGGUGUUAUGUGAAUUUUAGUAGGUGUCAAAUGCAGAUGUUCGUUUUGCAACUUUGCAUGAUUACCCGGUCGGCUCUUUAUUUUAUUUUUAAGAAAUAAACUUAGCUGGAAAUGUAAAGCAAUUAAGUUUUGAACUUGAGCUUCGGGUAUCAACAAUCAAAUCCUUUGCGACCUGUAUUAUGGACGGUUGGUAUAUUUAUGUAAUUUUGUUGGUGUUA